UGCCAAGGUGAAUUUGCUGUUGGACACAGCACAGUUCCAGUGGUGGCCGCAGAGUUGCACAACCAGCAGAAUUCGCAUGGGAGUGUGGGAGGUGGUACGAGCAGGCUCUAUGCUCUACCAACCCACCCACCAACCAACCACCCAACCACCCACCAGGAAGCCUUCAGUUCGCCGAAAAAAAAACAAGAGGAAGCCGAAAUUCAGGCAUGGAGCAUCGAUAGGAGAGCGCGGAGAGACCCAAGCUCCAUCCUCUUGCAGGCAAACGCGAGCGCGAUGCUCAGUUUUGCGUUCCAUCUGCGAGCAGUCAAGCAGUCAUUCCUUCAAUAGUUCACUCAAAAUCCAAACAAACUUCGGCGCUGACGGUCGUGUUCUAGCGUGUUAACCGUACUUAUUCACCAAUAGACAGAAGCAGUUACUGUAUUUUCGUAUCUGUGGUCAAGUUUAUUAUUUUUUUGUCACUAAUUUGUGACCUUUAAACUGCAACAAAUAGAGCCGAGCCGCCCGUCGCGCAGCGAGUGUCACUCCCCCGCAGCCCGAACCGCACUACCACUUCAAUUUGCAACAAAUAAAAUGUAGUUUAGCAGAGUAAUAAUCAAACGUGUGCGUGUUUUUUUUUGCUAUAAAAAGAGAGACGGAGAACAAUAGUUUCAGUGCAGAAAUCAUCCAAAAGAGUGUCGGAGAGAGAGAGAAGGAGAGUUGGUGAGGAGCAGCAUUGCGGAGGAGUUACGUCAAAAGGAGUCGAAGCGGCAACAACAAACCGACCGCCUGGGUACCCAGGACGAGCAACUGUAAAAGAAGAAGACCAAGGAGCGAAGGAGGUGUUGGAGGAGAAGGAGAGCACAAACUGCCUUUGGCGGCGGCGUCGCCGUUCAUUUUCAGUUGUUGUCUUUUCCGUUACGUUCUUUUGUUUUUGUUGAGCUCUGUUUUGUCGUUUCUCUCUUUUUUUUGUUUAUUACUGUUGUUGUUGGUAAGCCGGCUUUGUCGGAGAGAGCGGAGGAGUGGAGAGUCCUGCAGAGUGGGGGAGCGGCGGCAUCAGACGGCAGAAGGCAGACGGCAGACUGGUGCGUGCAACGGUAAAGUAAAGGCAAACGAAGAGCGGACAACGUAACAACGGUAACGGCAACGGCAACGGCAACGGCAACAGCAAAGGGAACGGCACGGUAACGGGAACACCAACGCUUAUGUAAAGCGUAAUAUGGAAGCAUGUCGUCCACGUCCAGCUCCGUGCUAACGUUGUCAUCGUUCAAUAUAUUAUUUUUCACCCAAGUGCUCACGGUGCUCAGCUCCACGAUUAAGUACAACGAAUACGCAACGGAUAAGGGCGGAAAUGUCAGCAUACCCUGCAUCGCCCAGGGCAACAUAAUGUGGGUGAAAGAGCACGGCAGCAACAGCACGAUAGUUCAGACGGGUCGUGUCUUAGUGCUGCGUAAUGUGAGCAUAUCGGAUGCUGGCAUUUAUGUGUGCUUCGCCACAACGACAACUACACGAGCAACAACAACCGCUAGCCCAGCGACAACUACCUCACCGCGACGGGAGAAGGAGGAGGAGCAGCAGCUGCUGCCAGAGGAGGACACCGCAACAACCACAGCCCAACCCAAAAGGCAAGAGCUGGGGCAGAAGCCAGAUCAAGAUCAAGAUCAGGGCCAGGAGGAGGAGGGGGAGGAGGAGCUGGCGUAUCAGGCAUACCAGCGCACAAAGCUCACGGUGCGCACUGUACCCGGCCCCGUGACGCAGCUGUACUUCAAGGCAUCAACCAUACUGGGUUUUCUCAUUUGGCGCUUCAACAAGACCCAGUCGGGCGGCUAUCCGGUGCGCAGCUUCACGGCCGAAUUCCGGAAUGUCUCGUACAGCCAGCCGCCGGCAAAUGCCAGCUUCGAGCACGCCUGGACCCGCAUGGAUCCCAUCAAUAUAGCACCCAAUGUGCGUCAAAUGGAGGUGUAUCGUUUGGCGCCCAACACCACCUAUGAGUUCCGGAUAUGGGCCAACAAUGAGCUGGGCAGCGGCGUGGUGGUCACCACCAAUGUCACCACCUUGCCGGAGACCAAAGAAGAGGAUCUCAUACGCCUUAUUAAACCCGACUUAGACAAUUUCGAUCCACGCAUUUGGAUAGUGGCCGUCAGUAUAGUGCUCGGAACACUUGUGAUAUUAGCCAUUGGACUCUGCAUUGUGCUCUCCAAGGAGUGCUACCAAGCAUCGCAAAUGGAACUGCAAGAUGGUUGGGACAGCAUUGAGCUUAUACCGAAUAUAAUACUUAAUCCCGGUUUCAGCGAAUCGGAUGGAGGCGGUGGUGCUGCUGGUGGCGAUGCUGAGAACGAUGCAGAAGCGGAAGCGGCUGCCGAAGCGGAGGAGGAGGCACGAGUGCGAUUUACACGCACCAUUAUCUUUGGCCAGAAGCCGCGGCCCAGUCGCCUGCAUCCACCUGGACAUCCACAAUAUCGCCCGCCGCCACCUGUGGUGGUGUUUGAUGAUGAUGACGAGGACUAUGAGGAGGAGCACGAGCCCACGAUGGAGAGAUUUAAGCGCAAAGUUUCGGUAUUUUUUACAGGUCCCACCAUCAAACGUAUUUGAGAGUACAAACACUUACCACAUAGGUUGUUGAUUGCGGUUUGAUCUCGGAUUGUUAUUAGAGCUUACACUAGUUACAGAUACGAGUACUACAGAGUAAUAAUAGAAACGAGUUUGAUUUGAUUUCGGUUUCCUUUGUGCUUCAGAGAAGAGUUAGGCGCUUUCCAAGAUCUGAUUUGGUUUGCUUUUCCGAAUCACCACUCGACACGCCACACCACGCCACAACACCACAAUACCACACCACAAAUAUCUGGAAUAUAUAUAUACACUAACUUAUAAAUAAUAACUAAACUAAAAACUAAAAACAAAUAUAUUGCUGUGAUACAAAUUCAAUUGAACGGAAAUUGUAAGGAUUUACCAAUAACGAACGUAUAAUUAUUCAUGAAUUUGCUGAAGCUACAACAACAAAACAGUUUUCAAUUUUUGCCUAGUUAAUGCCCAUGCCAUCGUACGAGUAUCUUUCGGAUGGAUCCAAUCAAUUUAUAUAUAGAGAAAAACAAGCCAAUGUUUGCUUUAAGCUCCUGACUCUGACGAAUCCCCUUCUGAGAUCCGUUCCUACUCCGAUCUUACGUUCUAGACGUUUGUCCGUUGUUCUAAAAAUCCACGAUAUCAUUAGAUAUUGCAAACAGAUUCCGAAUCGAGGAACGGUUCUCGCAUAGUCGUACCAGACUUAAGUACUCGACUAUAUAGCUUUUCCACUCAGACUCCUUAUUGUUUUUUUUUUGGUUUGUUGUUUGUUUUUUUUUUGUUCGAAUUCAACAAACUGUGAAACAAUUUUAUAAUUGAGCAAAUAUUUUGCACUGUAGAGCGCACCAAAUGAUCUAUAUAUAUAUAAUCGAUAAUCGAUAAAUGAUAUGUAUAUCGAUAUACACGUUUGAUAAACAUUUUAAAUAAAUGGCAGAAUGCCACGUGCUUUAGUUAUCGGCCUCACAAUUGAAUAAAACUAGUAUGAUAAAUCCAAUGAAAAUAAGCGAAACAAAAUAUAUAGAUAUAUUUAAUAUGCUAUAGUAGCUGGGAAAAUACAUAAAAUAUAUUCGUUUUCCCAGGGGAAAACCCAUAAAAAGAAAAGCUGCUUCCACUCACGUAAACUCUAACCAAAAAAAUGGAGAAAAACAAUGAAAUUGUUAUAAAAUACCUACCAAAUAAAAUCAAAAUUAAUUGUUAAACGAGCGAUUAAAUAGUGUAUAUACCGAUAUGAAAAUAUACUGCAUACAUAUAUAGAAAAUAUAUACACAUAUAAUGGGGGACAUGUACAUAAGCAUAUACAUAUAUACACAUAGAGAGGUUUUUGGGGUGGGUAAAUCUUAAGAAAGACUGUAGCUAACUUUUAAGACACUUUGGCCUGCGCUUUUACCAAUGUUUCUAGGCGGGCCGCUGUCUUGGCCCGAACAUAUUUUCGUUUUGCAUUGAUCUGCUAGAGCUACCAAAAAAAAAACAAAACAAAAAACUAAAAAAAAAACAAAUAAAAAACUAUUGUUAGAAAUAUACUAUUUCUAACAAUUCGGAAUGUGCACUUAACUAAAGAACUAACUAAAACCAAAGCUAAACCAAAAAAAAGAAAUAAAAAUAGUUUAAGUUCAUGGCUAGGCCCUGAUCCUUACUCUUGGCUGUAUUUCUAGUUGUUAUUAUUGCUUCACGGUUGAGCAUCAUAUUACCCCAGCAUAUUGUUACCCCACAGAAUCCUUAAUCCACAGUAUCCAUAAACCACUCCAAGGAGCCCCAAAUACCCAAAUACCCGACACGCAGACACACAGACAACAAUGAAAUAAAUCUAAGUUUACAAAAACCCAAUCGAUGGGGGGAUACA